UAUGGAAUGUAAACAUUGUAGUUUUUCAAUUUAUGAAGAAACUUGUCAAUUUAGUAGUUCUUUAUGAAAAAUCUGAUUCUUUUUGUUAAUGUUUUAGAGCGUUAUAGCUUACUAAGACGUAUAAUUAUUGUGCCGUUAAAAAAUAGACAAAGACUUAAACGAUUUGUUUCGUGUUGUAAACAAAGCAUUUACAAUGGUUACUGAAGCUGGGAAAGAGCUUCUGCGGAAUACUAUUAAUACUGCAAAAUUUCAUAAUAGGAUUUUAGAAGAAAAUGAAAUGUGGAAACAAUGGGAGUUAGAAUGUGGCCUGACAAUGAUGGUUUCUGAUGAUGAUAUUCUAAAGAAAAUCAAGAAGCAACACCAAUGCUCUAAGCAUCGUAAAAGAGAUAAAUCUAGAGAACAUGAAAGGUGUAAAAGAAAAACUGAAUCAAAAGCUAGCACAUCAAGAGGAGACAGGUGGGAUCACAGUGGAUUUCAUGAACUAUAUCCAGAUGAAUCUCCAGGAGAAAGAUGUAAUACAUCAGAUUCUGAAGCAAAAAAUAAAAAGUGGGAUCACAGUGGAUUUCAUGAACUAUAUCCAGAUGAAUCUCCAGGAGAAAGAUGUAAUACAUCAGAUUCUGAAGCAAAAAAAAAAAAGUGGGACCACAGUGGAUUUCAUGAACUGUAUCCAGAUGAAUCUCAAGGAGAAAAAUCCAAUACAUCAGAAUCUGAAGCAAAAAUCAAAAAGCAUAAAAGACGAAAACAGAAGCAUAGUUCUGAAUCUUCUUCAGACAAUGAAAUUUGGGAAGAUUUUAAGAAGUUCAAGAAAAAUGAAAAGGAAAGAAAUAAAUUAAAACUAAAAAAUCGUUCUAAUUUUGACAAUCAUGUAAAAGAAUGGAAGAAACAUAGUAAUGAAACUGCAAAUAAGUCCUCUCACAGAUGAUGUUAUAUUAUGAAUCUUUUAUCUGAUAAUUGGUUGAAAAAUUCUAAAAAAGUUUUGGUCUACGUUUCUAAAAAAUUAACUUGGCAAUCUGCAUUUAUUUAUUUGAAAAUACUUUGUUACUGUAUAUAUAAUAUUUUGGUUUGGUAUCGUGUAUUUUAUAUGAUUUGUUGUCUGUAAAAUCCUAUUUUUUUAUUUGUUAUCUUUCCAAACCAUUAAAAUUAAAGUACCAUACCUACAAUAAUUGGCAAGAAUGUUUGCUUAAUGUUAACUUGUUUUUUUACUCAUUUUUCUUUGAUUUCUUUUUUAUUUAAUACUAAAAGAACCCUCACUAAAGUGAAACUGAAUGACUCCUAUAGUCUACCUCAUGAUAUUCCUCACUAAUCAAAUUACAAAAAUGAAUCAUUUUAAAAUCAUGCCGCUUUCAAAAUUAUCAAUAAGCAACAAUACUUCAUGAAGAAAACUUGUUUCAAUAAUGCUUGAUUUUAAUCAGUUUUGAAGUAAAUUCGUCUUAAGGUGGACUGGAAAUAAAAUGUUGUUUUAAAAUUUAUAUAAUUAAUCAUUUAAAAUGUAUGUAUAGUUUUGUCAAAAUAAAAUACAUUUGUAAAUAUUAUUUUCAGAUUUCCAAUCAUUUUCAUAUUAUGAACAUCUGCUACAAAUUGUUGCAUUUUCUUCUAAUUUGAACCCAUUAAAUUUUCCAAAAGACAAUGUUUUACCUCACAAAUUAGCAGAUUACUGCAUACAUGUGUUUCGAGGUUUCAGGGAACCCCUUUUUCGAUUCAAAAUAGUGAGCUUUUGGAUGUAAAGAAAUUCGGUAAAAGAAUAAGCAACAGACCGCU